CGGGUGAGGGGGAGAGCUGAGGAGGGAGAGCACAGGACAGGCAUUGCGUAGUCAAAGAUGAGUGUCUUGCACCUAUGUUGUAGGAAGCAAAGGAGUCGGGUGUUUUUCGUCUGGUUUGCUCGUCAGCAGCUGUGGCAGCCGUACAGCGUGUGUUGAGGAGGUCGGAGGGGCUCAGCGGCCCUCAGGACUGUGCUGUGCCGGGGUGACGGGGAGUAGUAGCGAGGGGAGUGGAGAGAGAUAUGAGCUUGAGGGAGAGAUGAUGACGGAGGUAGAUUGCAACACGGCCAUAGCGUGCUGCUGGUGGCCUUGGCGGGAUUCAACUUCGUCUUCGUGUUGAAAGUAGGUGGUCAUUGAGGAUGGACAGUACUAGAUUGCUAGAACGCAUAUAGCAUGGGCACGUGGCCCACAAACGAUAUAAAUCUGGCUUGUCUAAGCUGGAUGUUUAGGGGUAUGUUGUGGGUGCGGCUAAUUGCGCAAUAGCCCAGGGGCCGAGUUUCGUGUUGCUGGGCCAUGGGGGGUAAGUGUUUAGGCUUUAGGAUUGGGCCCCAAUCAUCAUGACUGUACCAUGUAUGUGACCUUUUGUCUUGGUGGACACAAAGCAAGGCAAUUGUGUAGAUGUAGUCGCCGCUGGGUCAUACAUCCCGCUCGCUUGCCGAUGACACGCUGGUGCAGACUUACUUGCUACGCAGAUCUAGACAUCUAUUCUGCAUAUGAGUAAAGAAAGUAUUGGACUUGACAGCCCCUCCCUAGGAUGUUCGCAUGUUUGCACACUUUGCAAGUCGCUUGCAUGUUGCCUCCGAAGCCAAAAUCAGUUUUUUCGCACACAGUCCAGAGUCCACACACCCUGAUUCCUUCAGCAAACGUUCACACAGCAGCAACCAAUACUACUGACACUACCAUUGCACUGGUCUCGCCUCGGUCGAAAAGAAGCGUUGUAGGCCAUGUACGCUCUUCACGUUCCAGCUUCGAUGACUUGUAGCCGAUGCAUACCUUUUCGCGCACAGCGGCUUGUGGGAUUGCACCAAGUCCGGGGGCCUCAACGCUGCCCGGGACCAGUCAGAAAAGCACUGCCAGACCAGGGAGAAGACAUAUCCGAGGCCCUAAAGGCGGAUCUGGAGCGGUUGAGGGCCAAGUCGGGGGCUGCGGGGCCCUCAGUACCCGGCAGCAGCAGCAAUGGCUUUAACAAUGCCAGUGGCCCCUCCCAACAGGCGCCGCAGCAGCCCUCAGAUCCGUUGUCAGGCGUCAAAGACGCUGUGGAUAAGGUGAGUCCACGGCGAGUCCACCCCAUAGCUAAAUUGCUCAGGCAUGGUUGGGGGUGGGGCAUGACUGGUAAGUGGGGAGACCGUACCUGAUCAGCUGUGUUAACGAAACCGGACAAGCUUUUUGAAGUGGCGCGCUGAACUGCCCCGCCCCCUAAUUACUACCUAGCUGCCUACCGCGGCCCUACUCGGCCCUCCCUGUACUACUCAUCCUGGCCUGCCCUGCAGCCGACCCAACCACUCUACGACCCCCCCCUCCCCACCCUUCCCUUCCCUUACCUACCCCGCCCCCCGCAUCCCUUCCUCCCUCCCUCCGGCUCUGCCCUCUUCGCCCUGCAGCUGCUCAUAGCCGACUUCUUCCUGGUCCUCUUUAUCCUAGCCUGGCUGGCCGCCGGGGUGGCGCAGGCGGGUCUGUCGGGCGGCUCCUCCUCACCGCUGCUGGACGCCUGGUACCCGCUGUGGCCACUGCUGUGGCAGCCGGCACUGGGGGUGCUGAUGGCGGGG